AUGGACUCGGAUAUGGAAUUGCACGAAUCGAUAGAGGAGAAGGACGAUAACAAACCCGAUUCUUGUGCCCCAGAGGGCGGCUGGGCCGGCUGGAUGGCCUGCAGCGCUGGUGCUACCGUCAUGGCUAUGUCUUUUGGCAUGGUCAACUCGUUCGGCGUCUACCAGAGCUACUAUGAGGCCCGAUACCCAGACAUCAGCUCCAAUACAAUUUCUGUGGUUGGCUCGUUGCAAGGAUUCAUGACAUUUGCCGGGGCACUGCCCUCAACCGUCGGCAUGUACUAUCUUGGAUCACAAGCCAUGGUUGCCAUUGGCGGGUUCAUUGCAUGUCUCUCGUACAUGUUUCUGUCGAUCACCAACGCACCGUGGCAGAUAUUCGUGGUACAGGGUGUCAUGUAUGGAUUAGGCUCUGGCCUCAUGUACGUGCAAUGUUCUGCAGUGGUGUUCCAGUACUUUGAUAAGCGUAAGGCUGCUGCAUCCGGAAUCAUCACCGCAGGGGCCAGCGUUGCGGGUGUGUACUGGCCCAUUGGAAUCCGUGGACUCAUUAACAACGUCGGGUUCGGCUGGGGAAACAGAGUCGUCGGGUUUCUGUACGUGCCUAUGGUGGUAUUCUCGGCUAUUUUCCUUAAACCUCGCUUAAAGCCACCAAAGAGAAAACCGGGGCAAAACAUCCUCAGAAUCAACUUCCGCGUGCUCCUCAACUGGAGAUUCCAAUUGGUCAACAUUUCGUUUGCGCUUUGCGUCUUCGGCCUCUUCCCCGGCCUUUUUUACAUGGAUCUAUUCUGUCGAAGAUCAAACGUCAACCAGGCUGUUAAAGACUACAAUGUGGCCAUCAUCAACGCCUCUGCGCUCCUGGGAAGAGUCUCUGCGGGCUAUAUCGGUGAUAGGAUCGGCCGCUUCAACGUGGUGAUCCCCGCAAUGGUUGCAAGCGGCGUGCUACCAAUUGCUCUGUGGAUGCAGGCGGAAUCGACCGCAGCCGUGGUGGUGUUCUGCGUUCUGUGGGGAAUCGCAUCGGGCAUGUUCGUCAGCGUGGGUCCGGCUCUCGUGGGUCAGCUGUUCUCGGACGACCUGCCCUCGUACCUGGGAACGUUCUUCCCAACAUCAAGCGUGACUGCGCUGGUAGGCCCCAUCAUCGGGGGCAUAUUCAUCCCCCAGGGCGACGACUCCGGCACCAAGGGGUUCAACAAAUUGUGCAUCUUUGUGGGCGUGGUGUUCCUAUGCUCGUCGGUCACCUACUCGAUCGCCAGGUUCUCUUACCAGCCCCGGUUGUUUGCCAUCAUGUAA